CAUACCGCCUGGGCCAGUGUGUCCUGGGAAAGUGGAGUCCCCGGACCCUGAGGACCACCUGCAGCUGGACUCACGGGCACGGGCGGACAGACGGGCCCACCCGCCGUAUGGAAGACCCCCUGCAGCGGCACCGUAGGGAGCAGGGCCGGACCCCCAGCCCCGUGGCCCCGGCUCCGGGCAACCAGCUCCUAGGCUACGUGGGGAUCGAGGCUGUCCUGGAUCAGAUGCGAGUCAAGGCCAUGAAAACUGGCUUCGAGUUCAAUCUCAUGGUGGUGGGUCAGAGCGGCCUGGGGAAGUCCACCAUGGUGGACACGCUGUUCAAGUCCAAGUUGAGUAGGCGUAGCUUGAGUGGAGCCCGGCAGCAGCCCAUCCCCAAGACUGUGUGCAUCCAGUCCAUCAGCCAUGUCAUUGAGGAGAAGGGGGUGAAGCUGAAGCUGACGGUGACAGACACCCCAGGAUUCGGGGACCAGAUCAACAACGACCGAUGCUGGGAGCCCAUCCUGAGCUUUAUCAACGAGCAGUACGAGCAGUACCUGCGGGAGGAGAUUCUCAUCAACAGGCAGCGUCACAUCCCCGACUCCCGCGUCCACAGCUGCAUCUACUUCGUGCCACCCACUGGCCACUGGCUUCGUCCAUUGGAUCUGGAGUUUCUGCAGCGGCUGUGCCGGGUGGUGAACGUGGUGCCCGUGAUCGCCCGGGCCGACAGCCUCACCCUGGAUGAGAGGGAAGACUUCCGGCGGCAGAUCCAGCGGGACCUACAAGCUCACGGGGUCAGUGUGUACCCGCAGAAGAACCUAGAUGAAGACGCGGACGACAGGCUCCUCAAUGACAAGAUCCGGGCCAAGAUCCCCUUUGCCGUGGUGGGGGCUGACCGUGAGUAUGAGGUGAAUGGGAAGAUGGUUCUGGGCCGGAAGACCAACUGGGGAAUCAUUGAAGUGGAGAACAUGGCCCAUUGUGAGUUUCCCCUCCUGAGAGACCUGCUCAUCAGGUCCCACCUGCAGGACCUCAAGGACAUCACCCAUAACAUCCACUAUGAAAACUACCGUGUGCAGCGGCUGAACCAGAGCCACCUCCUCACCCACGGCCCUGAGUGGGCCACCCUGAACCCCGUCCAGCCACAACCGGGCCCAGAAGAGGCGGAUGGCGACAACCUGUGAGGACGGAGCCCCCUGCCCCGGCCCCCCCACCUUCCCCACGCCCUGCAUCCCCCACCCCUCUCUGCUUCCCAAGUCUGAACCCCGCUGGAUUCUGGAAUGAAAUGGGGGGAAGCCAAGGUCAGCCCUCCCCUCCCUGCCACUCCCAGGUUUCGGGGCCAGGGGCCCUGGGAGCAGAGACGCAGGUCUGAGCUGAGACCCAGGCUGAUGGCGAUCUGGGCCGCGCGGCCCUCUUCCACCCCUUCCCCAUCUCUUUCCACAGCUUCUCCCUCCCCUGGUCGGCCAGCCUGGAUGUGGCUGUUGGGCCCUGCCCCGAACCCUGAGACCCUUCCCUCCCCCCCACCCCA